AUGCAACACCACGACCUUCUUACCUUAGAUUUACAUCGCCGAAAGGAGAACCAUUGCAUUUCACGUUUCGCACAGAAAUACGUCCUCGGUUGUCCAGCCGUGGCUGGGAUGCAACAAUGCUGUAUCAAUGCAGUUUUCUAUUUGUGUCUGGAUUGGUCCUGCAAACUAGGAAGAUGUUGCAUGGUGUUGAGUGACCACAAAGAUUCCCGAUGUGACAAGCCAUUUAAUAUCGCAAAUAAUCACAUACAUCUGUGA